AUGUCUUUCGGCAAUCGGAGCAAGACUCCUUGUAAAUAUUUCCAGCAAGGCCGUUGCAAGAAGGGAAAUAACUGCAAUUUUGCGCAUGUCUACACGAAUAACAGCAAUGGGAACGGUAAUGGUAAUGGAGGUAAAACAGGCGGUGGAGACCUAUAUCAAAACUUUAUAAAUCCUUCAAAUUUGGGGAAGUAUGCUAAGGAGGUGGAAGACGACAUGACUACAGCCUCAGAACUGAAAUUUCAGCCUUUGACGUCGAGCUACGGACUGGGAAAUCCAUGUGCGGUGAAUUUGAUUCAAGAUCGAGACCUAUCACCGGAAGAAUCUCGAUUCUUAUACUAUCAAUCGCAGCUGCAAAACGCGGUACCAACUUUCCAAACACAGAUGCAAGCACGGGCUUCAGAUUCGCAGUUUUGUCGAAAUUUCGUCGCUGCAGACACCAGGAAAGCUGCAAGGUUUCUACAGCUGGCAACGCAGAAAACCUUUGAAAACGGAGUUCCACUGGCAAAGGGCUUCAUCGAAAAACCCUUGGAUCUGACAGGUAACUCAUACUCGAAUACAGCGGCCAACUCAGGUGCGUCGAACCUGUUCGGCUCAACUAACAGCUUUCAAAACCCUUUCGGUCAGCAAACAAGUGGAUUUUCUCAAACAGGCACUUUUGGUACCACGACAACAACAAGUGCGCCAUCUUCCUCUGGAGCCUUUGGUCAACCCACUUUUGGGUCAACGGGCGCAGGCGGAGCUUUUGGGCAGCCGAAGUUUGGUUCUUCCGGAACGCAAAGCUUUGGUGCGUCUCCGUUCGGGACAGCUUCAUUUGGAGCUCAAGCUGGGUCUUCAGCAUUCGGUGGUGGGGCAAACGCUUUCGGGAGCAAGCCUGCUGGUACUCCCUUUGGCGCCGCUCCCGGUAGUUUUGGUAGCCAAACAAGUGCACCGGCAGCGUCUAACCCGGAACCUGGUAAACCCGCAUUUGGCUCAGCAUUUGGACAACCGAGUUUUGGAUCUACAUCAGCGCCCCAGGCGCCAGCUUUUGGAAGCAGUGCUUUUGCUCCCAGUGCGGCUGGAUCCCAAACCUCCUCUGCAUUCGGAAAGCCAGCUUUUGCUCCCAAUGCAGCUGGUCCACAAGCGUCUUCUGCAUUCGGAAAGCCGGCUUUUGGAACUGUUUCCAGCAGCUCUCCAUUCGGAUCUCUUCAAAAUACACAAACUGCAUCCCCAUUUGGCUCGAUAGCCAAACAACCUAGCACUGCAGCCACGCCUUCACCGUUUGGAACAUCCAACGCUGUCGGAACCAGCCAAAAACCGGCGGAGGCUCCAAAACCUUUUGGAUUCGGCCAAAAUAAUGCUACUUCUGGAGGAUUUCUCUCAGCUCCAGCUGGCAACCCAUUCACUUCAGUACAGUUAAAAAAUACCUUGGGACAAAACACUACACAGCCGCAAGCAAAUACGAACUCUUUUGGGACUGGGCACAGCAAUCAAUCCAGAUUUGUUCAAGGCUUAUCGUCAGCAGAAGAACCAUCAGAAACUGAUCUCCCGAAAGAAGUCAUCGACUAUUUCCGAGCUGACCGCUUCGAACUGGGUAAAGUCCCGGAUAUCGCACCCCCAUCGGUCUUGAUAAACUAA